UCAUACUGUCAGCUGUAGAUUGUAAUUAAUAGUGACAAACAUAUUUGUACCAAUUACAAGUAAGAACACUAACAAAAGAGAGAGGAAGAGAAAUACUGAUCAUUCUUGUUUGCAAAUUACUCUUAGCAUUCAACAGAUUUCAGAAAUGGAGAUUGGCUUAGCAGUUGGUGGUGCAUUUCUGUCUUCAGCUUUGAAUGUUCUCUUUGAUAGGCUUGCUCCUCAUGGUGAUCUGCUCAACAUGUUUCAGAAGAAUAAGCAUGAUGUUCGACUCUUAAAGAAGCUGAAAAUGACUUUGGUUGGCCUUCAGGCUGUGCUAAGUGAUGCAGAGAAUAAGCAGGCCUCAAAUCAACAUGUGAGCCAGUGGCUUAAUGAACUUUGAGAUGCUGUGGACGGCGCUGAAAACUUAAUGGAACAAGUCAGUUAUGAGUCUUUGAGGCUUAAGGUGGAAGGUCAACUUCGAAAUCUUGCAGAAACAAGUAACCAGCAAGUAAGUGACCUCAACCUGAGCUUGAGUGAUGAUUAUUUUCUUAACGUAAAGGAGAAGUUGGAAGAGACCAUUGAAACAUUGGAGGAUCUGCAAAAGCAAAUUGGUCUCCUUGGCUUAAAGGAGCAUUUUGCUUUGACUAAACAAGAAACUAGGAGACAUUCAACUUCUUUGGUUGAUGAAUCUGAUGUCUUUGGUCGGCAGAAUGAAAUAGAGGAAUUGAUUGACCAUUUAUUGUCCAAGGAUGCAAGUGAAAAAAGUCCGGCUGUUGUCCCUAUUGUUGGAAUGGGGGGCGUGGACAAGACAACACUUGGUAAAGCUGCUUACAAUGAUGAGAAGGUGCAAAGCCAUUUUAAUUUAACAGCUUGGUUUUGUGUGUCUGAGCCAUAUGAUGCUUUCAGAAUAACAAAAGGGUUACUUCAACAAAUUGGCUCAUUGCAGGUUGAUGACAAUCUUAAUCAGCUGCAAGUCAAAUUGAAGGAAAGCUUAAAGGGGAAGAGGUUUCUUAUUGUUCUGGAUGAUAUGUGGAAUGAAAACUAUAACGAGUGGAAUGACUUGUGGAAUGUUUUUGUUCAAGGAGGUAUUGGAAGUAAGAUCAUUGUGACGACACGUAAAGAGAGUGUUGCCUUGAUGAUGCAAACUGAGCAAAUUAGUAUGGAUACCUUUUCAAUUGAUGACUCUUGGUCUUUAUUUAAAAGACAUGCAUUUGAAAACAUGGACCCUAUGGAACAUCCGGAACUUGAAGAGGUCGGAAAACAAAUUGUAGCUAAGUGCAAAGGACUGCCCUUAGCUCUGAAGACGCUCACUGGUAUGUCACGCUCCAAAUCAGAGUUGAAAGGGGAGAUUAUUUUGAGAAGUGAGACAUGGGACCUGUCAAAAAAUGACAUAUUACCAGCGUUGAUGUUGAGCUACAAUGAACUUCCCCCAGAUUUAAAGCCAUGUUUUUCCUAUUGUGCAAUAUUUCCUAAAGAUUAUCCAUUUAGGAAAGAACAAGUUAUUCAUCUGUGGAUUGCUAAUGGUCUUGUAGAACAACGGGGAGAUGAAAGAAUUCAAGAUUUAGGCAACCAAUACUUUAAUGAGUUGAGAUCAAGAUCGUUGUUCGAAAGGGUCCCAGAAUCUUCUGAAAGAGACGGAGGGAAAUUCUUAAUGCAUGAUCUUGUCAAUGAUUUGGCCCAAAUUGCAUCUUCAAAACUUUGUGUCAGGUUGGAAGAAUGCCAAGGAUCUCAUAUGUUGGAACAAAGUCGGCAUAUGUCGUAUGUAAUGGGGAAAGGUGGUGACUUAGAGAAAUUGAAUCCGCUCUCUAAGUCAGAGCAGCUGAGGACAUUGCUUCCAAUCAAUAUCCAGGACCUUUACAACCCUUUUAUAAGCAAGAGUGUGCUGCAUAACAUACUGCCAAGUCUAAUAUCCUUGAGGGCAUUAUCAUUAUCUCAUUACUGGAUUAAGGAGUUGCCAGAUGCUUUGUUUAUCAAAUUAAAGCUCUUGAGAUUUUUGGACCUUUCUUGGACAGAGAUUAUAAAGUUGCCCGAUUCUAUCUGUGCAUUGUAUAACUUGGCGACACUUCUCAUGUCAUCUUGUAGAUAUCUUGAGGAGUUACCGCUGCAGAUGGAAAAGCUAGUCAACUUGCGGCACCUUGACAUAAGCAACACUUUUCACUUGAAGAUGCCGCUACAUCAGAGCAAGUUGAAAAGCCUCCAAGUGCUAGUGGGAGCCAAGUUUCUUCUAGGUGGUUUGAGAAUGGAAGAUUUGGGUCAACUGCAUAACUUGUAUGGAUCUCUAUCAAUUCUAGAGUUGCAAAUUGUGGUUGAUAGAAGGGAAGCUCUGAAGUCAAAGAUGAGGGAAAAGGAACAUGUUGAGAAGUUAUCUUUGAAGUGAAGUAUUGCCGACAAUUCACAAACUGAAAGAGACAUACUUGAUGAGCUACGCCCAUACUCAAAUAUAAAAGGACUCCAAAUCUCCGGAUAUAGAGGGACACAAUUUCCAAAUUGGCUAGCUGAUCCUUCGUUUCUUAAGCUGCUAGUACAAUUGUCUCUUAGCAACUGUAAGGACUGUUUUUCCUUGCCAGCACUAGGACAACUUCCUUGUUUGAAAAUCCUUUCCAUUAGAGAGAUGCAUCGAAUAACAGAGGUGACGGAAGAUUUCUAUGGUAGUCCGUCCUCCGAAAAGCCUUUUAACUCUCUUGAGAAGCUUGAAUUUGCAAAGAUGCCUGAGUGGAAGCAAUGGCACGUUCUAGAGAACAGAGAGUUUCCUGCACUUCAGAAACUUUCAAUUGAAAAUUGUCCGAAGUUGAUGGGAAAGCUGCCUGAAAAUCUUUGUUCUCUGACAGAACUGAGAUUUUCAAGAUGUCCUGAACUCAAUUUGGAGACACCCAUCCAUCUUUCAAGUCUAAAAUGGUUUGAAGGUGAUGAUUCUCCUAAGGUUGGAGUUAUUUUUGAUGAAGCUGAACUGUUUACCUCCCAACUUGAGUUAAUGAAGCAGAUUGAGGAGUUAUAUAUUAGUGAUUGCAACUCUCUUACCUCCUUGCCUACUAGCACUCUACCGAGUACCUUGAAGCAUCUAACGAUAUGUCAUUGCCGGAAAUUGAAAUUGGAUCUGCAUGAAUGUGAUUCUAUAUCAUCACCUGAGUCGGUCCCAAGAGUACGCACUUUGUCGAUAUGGAGUUGCCAAAACCUUACUAGGUUUUUGAUUCCUAAUGGGACUGAAAGACACGGUAUUCGUUGUUGUGAGAAUCUUGAAAUACUUUCGGUGGCAUGUGGAAUCCAGAUGACGACAUUGAUUAUUUCGGAAUGCAAAAAGCUGAAGUGGCUGCCAGAAGGUAUGCAGGAACUCCUUCCAUCUCUUGAGGAACUGCGACUGUCUGAUUGUCCAGAAAUAGAGUCCUUUCCUGGUGGAGGAUUGCCCUUCAAUUUACAACUCCUUGUGAUUGAAAGUUGCAAGAAACUGGUGAACGGCCAAAAGGGGUGGUGUCUACAUAGACUCCCCUCUCUCAGAGCAUUGGACAGCUACCACGAUGGCAGUGAUGAAGAGAUUGUUGGUGGUGAGAAUUGGGAGUUGCCUUGCUCUAUUCAAAGUCUUACCAUAGACAAUCUGAAAACAUUAAGCAGCCAACUUCUCAAAAGCCUCACCUCUCUUGAAUAUCUAGAUACACGUAAAUUACCUCAAAUUCAGUCACUGCUGGAACAAGGGCCUCCCUCCUCUCUUUCUAAGCUACAUUUAUAUCUCCAUAAUGAGCUCCAUUCACUACCGAUUAAAGGUCUUCGGCACCUCACUUCGCUUCAAAGUCUAGAGAUCAGCAGUUGCCAUCAACUCCAAUCACUUCCUGAAUCAGGGCUUCCCUCUUCUCUUUCUGAGCUGACCAUCAGGGAUUACCCUAACCUCCAAUCCCUUCCAAUAAAAUGGAUCGCAUCUUCCCUCUCUAAACUAUCUAUUUGCAGCUGCCCAUUUCUCAAACCACUCCUAGAAUUUGACAAGGGGGAGUACUGGCCAGAAAUUGCUCAUAUUCCUCAAAUAUAUAUCGGUGUUACGAUAUUUGACCACGAAUCAGAAUGCCUGUGAUGAUUAAUAAAAAAGAAGCUCCCACAGAUUUACUUGAGUAAGGAGGAUGCGGUUUAGAGCUGCUCAUGUUCACCCUUGUUGAUACAAGCACGAUCAUGAAGAUGGACACUUUUGAGUAUUUUGAAUGCAACAGACAGAGUGUACGAGUUGAAGUGUAAAAAGGGCUCCAAAGUCGCCCCUCUAUUGCACUCCAUAGGUUCCAUUUUGUUCAUUCAACACUAAGGGGCACUUUUGUCAUUUUGUCUCUUAUUGUAAUAAGUCUAUAAAUAGAACAUGUUAGGGUUUUAGGUGAUUGGUUGUUGAAUGUUGAUGAUAGAACACAUAUUUUGAGAGGGAGAGCCUCCCUAGGCCGAAACUAGGACAUGAGCAAGUGUGGAUUCACUUGGGAAUUUGUAUUGCUUGGAAACGAUGGUGCUUGAGCGGUGAAAUCCCCUCGUGUCUUCGUAAGAGUGUGGUGUUGCUAUCGUAAGUUCUAGGGGUCCUUAGAUUUAAUAUAUCUUUGGGUUCUUGGGUCUUAUUGUAGUGUAUGUCUCACUAUCUAUCUCUACAUUUCAUGUCUUAGUUAGUGUUGUUUAGGGAAACCGUUGGUUAUUGUUGUUCAUGUAUCUUGUAACCGUUUGUUGUUGUUAUUAUCCUUAUCAUAUUGUUAUCUAUCUUCUUGUGUUCAUCAUGUUUUAGUGGCUGUUUUGGUGUAUAAAUACACCUUGUUUCCUUGUAUUCUUGUGUUGUAGUUGUUUGACCGAAACUAGGUCUCAAAGGGGUCCUCGGAUUCCUCUUGAUUUGUGGACUGUUUUGACCUUUUCUUGUGUUCCUUGGUCUUCUUGUGUCACUUGUGCUUUGAUAACGUCUAGAAUCUUAUCAUCCUCCGGAAAUGCAGAGUUUCUAAAGUCUACUAGAAUAUCCAAGGUAUACGUGGAAAAAAUUCUGGUUCCUAUAUAUCAAAAAUACGCAAGGUUGUUUCCAGCUAAUUCAGCAUCUAAAAGCAUCAGAACAAUGAAUUACCUGGCUUCAACUAUCAGCGUGUUUUUAGUCUUCUUUUUUCUUGAUCAGUAUUUUCGUAACAAUUGCUCUUAGCUCAGUUGGUGAAAGGAGAGUUAACUUUCUUCGUUAGGAAUUGGUAGCUAUUUCAUGAAUCUAGUUUUUGCCUAAAUCAUAGUAAAAGACUGUCCGUUUCACCAUUCAUGUAAUGCUAAAUUUUUUCGUUGUUUUACAUUUGUCUCUUUGCUUGAAGUUUCAUUGCAAUAGCAAUUCUUGUAUUCUUGAAGUUUCUUUGAGCAAGGAAGAGGUGCUCCGGGGUAGUGAUUGUAUCCAAUCAGUGUCGAUAAAGGUCUUCCUUCAUCGCUCUACAUUCUGACAGUCAUUAAUCUCUCUAUCUCUGAAUUAUGUAUGUACGACGUCCAUUGCUUGAACCAUGUUCACACGUGAGACUUGUGAGGGCUAGCCUAAAAUUUAUUUGUUCCCAUCUAAAAGGAUCGGGUGGUAAACACAUCUAAGGAUGAAGUUCCUGCUACUAGGAACAAUAGUUACACUUCGGAUAACCUUCCAGUUAUUUUAAAAAAUUUCCCCUUGCUUGUUUAUUAGCUAGUUUCAGUUUUGUUGUUAUUUGCGGAAUCAUUUGGAAGGGCAUGAAUUCUGGGAAUAAUAAAAUCUCUAUUGCACAAUGAGGUAUACUUUGCCUAUUCCUUGUAAGAAAACUCCAGAAAAAAUGAAAUAAAAAAUGAAAGACGAUUUUCAAACACUGUUUUUUUUAACGUUAAGUAGCUUUAUUCAUUGAUCUUCAAUGUUUCAACAGCAUGGCAUUUGAUAGGUAAUACUAAUGAUUGAUGAAUGUUGACUUCUUCCGUAUCUCUAUAGUUGAAUGGAAACUGAUCGUCACUUUCCAACUUCAUAUUUUUUGUUUGUAUUUGUUUCCUUUUUUACUUUCCUAUUUUUAAAGUCAGCCUCAUAUGGAAGCCGGGAACUUUAAAAUCAGCAUUGAUUUGCAUUGGAAAUGAAGUUAUGAUAUUAGAACUAUGCCAAAUGUCUGAAUGAGAACUCCUAGAGUUGGGGACUAGGAACCGAAUUUCGUGCAAAUACAAGUGUCUAUUUGUGUAUUACAUAAAACUAUGUGAGAUGUUUAACAAUUGAGAAACCUUCAAUUCUUGAUUAAUCGUUAAACCAGUGACAUCAGAGAUGAAUUAACAGCUCGCUCCCUUGACACUGCUUUGUUAUUCUAGCUUCGUCAGCACUAAAAAUUGCUUGUGAGCCAUAUCUGGCAUAUUAAAAUUACU